CGGGGGUUGCCCAUCUCCGUAUCCUCAGUGCCAGCACUGCACUUCGCCCUGAGCAAUUGUUCAAUAAAUGAGCAAUGAGUAAAUGAAAGAAUGGGCAAAGCCAUGUAACAGGAAAGGGGCCGGCGGCGUCUGCAGUGCAAGACCUGGUCGGGUGGAGCAGAGCCCCGGGGUUCAGGAGCCGGAUCUGGAAGGCUCCCGCCGGUGGGAGAGGGGCCCGGCACAAGACGUCUCAGAGGCCGCCCACUGGGAGCCAACGGUUGCAGCGAGUUGUCCCCGCGAGUGAGGCCGGAGAAGGCGCAGAGGCCCCUGGCCCGGCCAUUUCGCCCUUGCCGCGGCUGAGCAGCCAAGCCAACUACCAGACCCGCCGCGGAUCACACACCCCUCGCUCGUCGCUCUUGGCCCCACCCGGCCACCGUCGCUCUCUACCGCGCCCGUGACCCGGAAGAGCAUUCUCCUUAGCAACUGCGGGACUGCGGCGGCGCCGACCUCCGGGGAGAAAAGUGGAUUACAGCAGAGCUGCUCAAGGUGGGAACUCUGAGCUGAGCAGUGGAGGUUUCCCUGGAUCUGAAGAGAAGACUGACCUUGGAGCCAAUAAUGAGCCAGCCUGACCACAGAAUGAACCUCCGGUCCCUGGAGACCCCCACAGGUGUGUCUGCUGUGGCUGGCCCACAUGACAUUGGUGCUUCGCCAGGUGACAAAAAGUCAAAGAGCAAGUCCAUGCGAGGGAAGAAAAAGAGCAUGUUUGAAACUUACAUGUCCAAGGAGGAUGUUUCGGAAGGCUUGAAGAGAGGGACACUCAUCCAGGGUAUAUUGAGAAUUAAUCCAAAGAAGUUUCAUGAAGCCUUCAUUCCUUCACCGGAUGGUGAUCGAGACAUUUUUAUUGAUGGGGUCGUUGCUCGUAAUAGAGCCUUAAAUGGGGAUCUGGUGGUCGUGAAACUGCUUCCCGAGGAGCAGUGGAAGGUAGUUAAACCAGAGAACAAUGAUAAAGAAACAGAAGGUACCUAUGAAUCAGAUCUCCCUGAGGAGCUCUGUGGACACCAUCUCCCACAGCAGUCCCUGAAAAGCUGUAAUGACAGUCCUGAUGUCAUUAUAGAGGCUCAGUUUGAUGGCAGCGACUCAGAAGAUGGACAUGGCAUCAUACAAAAUGUGCUGGUUGAUGGUGUUAAGAAACUCUCAGUUUGUGUUUCUGAAAAAGGAAAAGAGGAUGGUGAUGCACCGGUUACAAAAGAUGAGACCACCUGCAUUUCACAAGACACAAGAGCUUUACCAGAGAAAUCCCUGCAAAGAUCAGCAAAGGUGGUUUACAUCUUGGAGAAAAAACAUUCUCGAGCAGCAACUGGCUUCCUCAAACUCUUGGCUGAUAAGAACAGCGAACUGUUUAGGAAAUACGCCCUGUUUUCUCCCUCAGACCACCGAGUGCCUAGAAUUUAUGUGCCUCUCAAGGACUGUCCCCACGACUUUGUGGCACGGCCUAAAGAUUAUGCCAACACACUGUUCAUCUGCCGCAUUGUGGACUGGAAGGAGGACUGCAAUUUUGCUUUGGGGCAGCUGGCUAAGAGUCUUGGGCAGGCUGGUGAAAUUGAGCCUGAAACAGAAGGAAUAUUAACAGAGUAUGGUGUGGAUUUCUCUGAUUUCUCUUCAGAAGUUCUAGAAUGUCUUCCUCAAGGUCUGCCAUGGACAAUUCCACCAGAGGAGUUCAGCAAGAGAAGGGAUUUAAGAAAAGACUGUAUCUUCACCAUUGACCCAUCAACUGCCCGAGACCUUGAUGACGCCCUCUCCUGCAAGCCACUCGCUGAUGGCAGCUUUGAAGUGGGAGUUCACAUUGCCGACGUCAGUUACUUUGUUCCAGAGGGGUCCGAUCUGGAUAAAGUGGCUGCUGAGAGGGCCACAAGUGUCUACCUGGUUCAAAAGGUGGUCCCCAUGCUUCCCAGGCUGCUGUGUGAGGAGCUGUGCAGUCUCAACCCCAUGUCUGACAAGCUGACCUUCUCUGUGAUCUGGACACUGACUCCAGCGGGCAAGAUCCUUGAUGAAUGGUUUGGCCGGACCAUCAUCCGCUCCUGCACCAAACUUAGCUACGAGCAUGCGCAGAGCAUGAUUGAAAGCCCCACUGAGAAAAUCCCUGUGACAGAGCUGCCUCCCAUUUCCCCAGAGCAUAGCAGCGAGGAGGUACACCAGGCCGUCUUGAAUCUCCAUGGAAUUGCCAAGCGAUUACGCCAGCAACGCUUUGAGGACGGCGCACUUCGUUUGGAUCAGAGUAACCAACCAGUGUCUGCUGAAGCACAUCACAGGAGAGAGUUUCUGUCAUUACAUUUUAGAGACCUCGCCCCACCAGUUUGUUGCAACGUUCAGUUGAAUUAAAUAUAUGAAAUACUCUAAAAACUAUAAAAGACUGUCAGGUGAUCCCAGUUCAUAUGAGGAUGGGGUAUAGUUGUCAAAAUAGAAGAAUGAUCUCAGAUUAUUGAUAAAUAAAGAUCUGUUGGCAUAUCUCAGAAUCAGAGUUUUAUUGCUGAAAAUGACUUUGGGUAUGUGUCUCUCAUUGGCCCUCUCAAUUUAUCAGUUAGAAAGCUAAAGGUUAAAAGAGUUGCUUAUAUACAAGAAAUCCAAAUUGCCCUGUGCUCACUUUGCAUCCAUUUACACCAUGCUGACUUGAGAAAAAAAUUUUCCUUUUAAGUGGAAAAAAGAACCCCUCCAAAGUCCUAAUUAGGUUCCAGUUAAUUAAGGUUUGAAAAUAAGGGCUUUGCACCCUUGAAGUCGAUUCCCUGGUUCCCCCGAAAACAAGUCCAUGGACCCCAGCUUUGGAAGGAGGAGCACAUCAAUCUCCCACAGCAAAGGACUCUGGUGAGGUCAUUUAUAAAUCAGCUAAAUGGCCCUAUUCAGAAGUCACUGCAUUUGUUCUCCUGUCCCUACUGCUUGCUUUGCCCUCACAAAAAUCCAUUUUUCCUUGGUGCUUUUUUGAGUAGCCUACUGUUUGGAGUUGUUCUCUGAUGCUUUGUUUGCCUUGGUCCACUAUGUCCGUGCUUUUGGUGGCAGUCCUUAAAAAAAAAAAGGUCCAUUUAGGCUAGCCUCAAUUAGAGAUGAGUCUGUGCAAGAGGGUAUCAUUUAUUUAUGCAUCAUGCCCUAAGGUUCAGAAUAAGUGUGUAAACCACAACUUUCACCUUUCCAAGAAGUCAGUUUACUAUGGUGACCUUUGGAAUGAAUGGGGGCUGAGUGUGUGGCAUUAGUAUGGUGACUGUUGGUUGAGUUAGGGGCCUACUAGUCAGAAGUCCCAACCUCAGAUCUGUAGAGCAACUUGACCACUGUGUAUUUGCAGUUGGCAGCUUAGACCAGAGCUGCCUAGCCCAUGUCUGAGAUAGUGAGCCUCAGGCCUCAGGGCCACCUAGUCUGCCCUCAGUUCCAUGAGGCCCACCUACUAGCAGUAUGUGCUGUCCUAUACUAGCCUUCAUAUACUAGAACUGUGGUGGGAAGCACUGCCUUCUGGGUAGGAUUACCUGCUCCAAAUGUCUCCUUUACCUACAGUUCAACCUAGUUCUAAAGAGGUUCAAUUACAUAAAAUGACUCCUUUUUUCACUGCUUAAAAAGCAAAUGCAGAUGCCAGAUGCAGUCUUGUGCUUUUUGGUUGGAUGGGUUAAGUAAUACCCCUUCCAGGUGGCUUCUUCCAUCUCCAUGUUUUCUACGGCUAAUUCUAGGACUUAACAUAGAUGUUUGUUUUAUUUUACUUAUUUAACAUGUGUCUCUCAUUUCUGAAAAGGGAGCUCCAGUAACAGGGGCCCAGACUUUUUUGUGUUUGUAGUAAAAGGAAUCAUAAUGGUUUGUAAUCAUAUCCGAAUCUUGAGCUUUGGGAGAGGGGAAUUGUGGGAAGUUUGCUCUCUGCCUGGUUCUUGCUUAGUGAUUCAGGCCCAACUAAUAGACUUUGCAGGUAGGGGGCACAGAGUCCCCUGGCACUUCUGUUUAUUGGGACACAAAGCCGGUUCUCAGGUACCUUCCCAAUUAGGCCCUUUACAGAGACUGCCUGACUAUGAUGUGAAGACAAGGCCUCAGGCUUCUUAGCCAUUGCAUUCAGAAAAGAUACCAAAGGAGGGUGACAGGUGCCAGAAGAAUCCAAAUAUAAAAGUGUCUUGGGAAUACUGAUUGAUUUUAGGAAGCUACACCUACUGCUGGCUGGGGCUCUCCCUCCAGCCUCUUCCUCUUCAGUCAGGUGGCGGUACAUAGAAGCCACUCUGUUUGAGGGCUUCUAUUCAAAAUAAGCAUGAGGCUUGCAGGAAGCUCUUCCCUGACAGGUGGUUAGGGGAUGUGAGCAGUUCCUUCUGGGUCAGUGGACUUCGGGAAUUCAGAAGUUGAAAUAGUGGUGGGAAAACCCGAUGUUUCCAUCCUUUCAGACAAAUUACUGUCAACUUGAGCCUUGACUAAAUUCACAACUGCAUCUUAUAUGAAUCCUACUUGGCACAGUUUUGAAACCCAAACUGCAGGCAGUUUCUUUGAGUGCACUUGAUUGUCAAGAUAGCCUUGUUAAUGAAAAUUAUUUUUAAAUACCCUGGGACCCAAGCUGCACUGGAAUGAUGUUCUGUAUGACCUUGACCUGGCCCAGCCUUUAAGUCAGGGAUUGGCAGAUUUUUUCUGUAAAAGGCCAGAGAGUAAAUAGUUCAGGUUUUGUGGGCCAUACAGUCUCGGUCUCUGCUACUCAGCUCUGCUGUUGUAGUGUGAAUGCACCAGCAUUGCUUUAAAUAGAGAAGUGUGGCAAUGUUCCAACAGAACUUUAAGAACACCGAGAUUUGAGUUUUAUAUAAUUUUCACAUAUCACGAAAUAUUAUUCUUUCUUUGAUUAUUUUUUCAGCCAUAUAAAAAUGUAUAAACCAAUCUUAGCUUGGGGUCAUACAAAAUCAGGUUUGGCCAGUGGUCCGUACUUUGCUGACCCCUGCUCGCCCAGCCAGCAAGCACUUCCGCCCUGCUCCCCAGCAAGCUUUUAGCAGCCCAUCAUCACGUCACAGGGAAGCCAGGCUGGGUAAUGGAGAACAGUUGUGCUAAAUGAACUCUCAGGAUGGUUUCAUGCAAUUAGGUAAAUUAUUCCUUUGAUUAGUACCAUGCUUAUCCCGUCCAAUUGGAGGCAGGGAGUAGAGGAAUGAAUCAGUUUAGCAUCAGUUCCCUUACUCCAUUUACAGUCAAGUCGCUUUAAUUAGUCUGAAGCAAAAGGAGCAGAGCUUCUCAUUUCCCACUUCUACAAGCUCAGCAGCUCUUCAGUCAGGUCUCCAGCCCACCCAAGCCCACAUGCAGAGAUGCUGACUCUACCACUUGUAGGUGUGCUGAGGGUGGGGACUGCUCAUGGCAAAAUGUGGCUCUAAGGAAACUGUGGCACUUCUCCCCGACACUGUCCCCACUGCCAAGUGUAGCAGUAUGCUUUAUUGAAUCCGUUUCUGUUCCUUCUCUCCAGUACAGUCGCUUUUAAGAAAUUAGCAUGCUGGCUCUGCUGUUUAAUUUCUGUACAAUAUAUUUGAUCCAAGGUAAGAAGGAUGGAUACAUUUAUCCGGUCUGGUUCUUCCUUGGUCUUAUUAUUUAUGUUGUCACUUAAGGAAGCUAUUGAUCACGGGCUUGAGUGUUUGUAGAAUCAUUCUGUUUUCUUAGUCAUAGAGCUUUUCUAUAAAUAAUAUAGGAAAAUAAUGAGAGAGCCAGCAGGCCACACAGAAAAUGUAAAGUAAUGUGACAGAACUCUGCCCAGAGUGCAGUGAGCUGUCUUGCAGAGGACCAGCUCAGUCUCAGGGGUUCAGGAAAGAUUUUCCAGCAGAGGUAGUGGGGCACUAGGCCUUCUAAAAGACUUGAGGGUCUAGCCAGGCUGCAAAGGCAAGCAAUUGGCUAGUGAAGGCAUGGGAGGGGUGAGAAAUAGCAGAUUAUUCCAGGGUGUGUGGUGUAGGGUGCAGAGAGAGAGAAGAGCUAGAGAAGGAGAAGCAGGCUAGGCCUUGGAGUCUGUAGGAAUGAGCCAGGGCAGCUGUGGAAUGAUUUUAAAUAUGGAAGUGACAUGAUCAGAACUGGGUUUUAGAAAGAGCCUCUGUAAGUGAACAAAAUAAAGGAUGUUUAUGAUCCAGGAGAGAAAUGAUGAGGGCCUGACCUGAGAUAGGGACCAUGGGGUGAGAGAAAAUUACAGAUCCAUGAGAGGAGGGAAAAUCGACAAGCCUGUGGCAAAUUGACUCUCUUGAUUAGCUGGGGAAGGGAGAGGCAGGAUCAGAGGUGAGAGAUCAGGCAAUAAGAUUUCCAGUUUAGGCACAUGGUAGUACUGUGUACCACCAGGGAAUACCAGCGGGGAGGAGGUCGAGAAGAGAGAUGAUGAUUUCCAUGAGUAGGCCCCUCUGAUCCCGUUUUCUUCCUUUAGAAAGGGAGCUUUAUCAUAAAAGUAAUAUGUUCUCAUGUUAGAAAAUUUAAGAAUAUAAAAAAGAAAUCAUAAUCACCUGUAGUUGCAUUACCCAGAAAUAACCAUGGUUAAUAUUUUGGUAUAAUUACUUGUGCAUUAUUUUGUUUAUUUUACCAUUUCAUAGCAGAAGGGAAGGGUGGUGGCUAGCAUAUGUAUAGUUUUUAUAUUCUGCUCUUUAAUAUUACAUAAUGAAUUUUUCCCAUGUCAUUAAAAAAUCUUCUAAAACAUUAUAAUGUCUACAUAAUAUUCUGUCAUAUGAAUAUACUCUUAAAACAUUCAGCCACUCCCCAAUUUUGAAUAUUUAGAUUACAGUCUGAUGUUUUUUGGAACUACAGAUAAUAGUACCAUGGCCAUCUGUGUUCACAAAUCGUUGACCUGAUCUCUGAUUAUUUUCUUACGAUAGUCUUAGAACUGUGAUGACAGGGUCAGGGGUAUGGAUGUAUUUAAGAAACCUGAAACAUAUUGCCACUUUCCUUCCAGAGAGGCUGUACCAAUUUAUGCUCUUUCAGUAGCAUGGGAAUCAGGGUACUUUAGAUGGAAACAUCUGUCAGGAGUUCUCUGCCUACAUGGAUGUGUGUGUCUGUCUCUCUGUCUCUCUCUCUUUCUCUCUAAGGCGUCCAGGUCUCUGAAAUAUCCCAGUGGUUGUGGUCUUAGAUUAUUCCUUCAUCUUUCAUAUUUUGUUUGUCUUAUUUUCACGAGCUCUUCUCUACAAAGAGCUCAGUAUGUCACAGACAUUUCUCAUUGUGUUAUUUAUUAUAAAAAAGACUGACAAGAGUCCUAAAAUUUAAAACUGAAAGAGGUAGUUGAAAGUAUCUUGCUAAACUCUUGCUAAUGUUGAGACUGGGGAAUGAUCCCUGCCCCAAACUUUGUUCUCAUUAGAAUCCUUAAAGAAUCCAAUUGUGAUUAAAAAUAAUAAUGAUAAAAAGAAAGAAAGAGAAUCCCAUUGUGUUUGAAAUGGUGCUGAGAACUAUAGUUGCAUUCUCAGAUCCUCAGAGAACGGUUGUAACUUCACUAGUCUUUCUUUUUUCUCUUACCUCCUGUGUAUAUUAGCUCUCAGGCAUCGUUUGGGUUGGUCUGACAUGAAUAAUUAUAAGGAAAUCCAAUUGAAAACAGAAUCGCUCUAUAUAAUCUGUGCUCCCAUAAGAAUUGCUACACUUCUCUUGAGAGUAAUAAACAGUAUGGGAAGUGGGAAGGCUUCUGCUAGAAGUUCAAGGCUUCCAUUUAAAUAUCGACGGCAUAUUACUUCAACCAUGGAGAACUAGAAUCAGCAAGGCUUGAAGAAUAUUAGACUCCUACAUUUUCCCAGUUACCACUUUUAUAAUAAUAAUAUUAGCAAAAUGUCAUUUAAAUUUAUUCAUCUCAUUUAUAAAGUAGAUCCACAGCUAAGAAUGUGUACUCUCCUAGCUGUUCAGCAUCCAGGCUAUCUAGGACGGCCUCCGUGGAAGAGAGUGGGUGGAGGAAGCAGCAAGGGAUGGAAGAAGCUGCAUUCCUGAGCUUCAGGGAGAACCUGGGAGCAUGAAUUUCCGUCAUCGCAGGUAUUGGAGUCUCCCUUUAGAGAGAGAAAAAGAAAGACAGAGAUUGAUAGAGUUAGUAUACUUUAUGGAAUCGAGGAAGGCAAUCCAUGUUUGUGCAUCCCAAGGCAUGAAGAAGAGACACACGAGAAAAGUUGGCCGAGUUAAAUAUAAGCAACGCUAAUUUUAGCCCCUUAUGUGAGCUGGUCACCAUUUCUAGUUUGUUAACAAAUGCAUAAAAACUAAUAUGCGUCAUUAAGUGUCAGAUUAAUUCCGUUGAGCAGCUCGUUAUUAUAACCCUGUCCUGUUCAUGUGCUCAGUCUCCCUCUAGGCAAGUCAAAUCACCUAGUCAUUUCCUCAUAAUUUUCAAAAAUUACAAGGAAUACAGGUUGCAGUAUUCUGGAAGGUAUUAAAAAUACAGACUCAGAGGUGAUAUGUGACCUGCAAAGAAGGACGCUUCCUGAGUUCCUGUCUGUUACAAAUACUGCUCGCUGUUCUGUGAAGGAGCUGUAGGCAGCGGAACACAAACUCUCUACCCUCAAGCUGCUUCAACAAUUUGAGAAGAACUGUAUGUACUUUAAAAAACACCAAUAAGAUAAAAGCAAGAGCACAGUCACUUGAGACAGGGCUGACAGAAUUGCAAAUCCGAUGGUUAUUCAGUGCAGUGGUAUUAGAGAAAGAAGGCCAGUUUGGGGGGUGAAGCCAUGAGCCACACUGUGAGAAAAGGGAAAAGGAGCUGAAAGAUAUGGAGUACCCACCCUGUGAGAGGUAAGAGAUGUAUCCCCUCAUUCCUCUCUCCUCUGAGUGCUGAACCCACUGAGAAAUAGUCACACAUAUCAGACUGAGAUUGAAAUAUUUCAUCUAUUACUGAUACAGUUUGGGUUAGAAGGCAAUCUAGCAGAACAGCCCAGAAGUAAUGUAAAAAGAAACUGAUUGGAGUGAUUUGUGGGAGCAGAAAGUAGCCAGAUGCAGAGAGAACCAUGCCCUCCAUCAGACUGGGCACUCUGAUGGAGGACAGCCCUGAUGUGACCCUCGCUACAAGAUGCCCUUCCAGUGCAGGGUCUGCUGUUAAGGACCAGUGGCUCUUGAGAACAGCAGUGCAGAUCCUCACAAGAACUCUGAAAGCAAAAUUGACUCCCACCCCACUUCUAGAAGCAUUUCACUUGCCUUCUGGUUCUUUCUGCUUGCCUAUAUCCAGGCUCAUUUCUUAUAGAUGAAGAAAGUCCUACCCCUACCCUACUCCUCCACCUUCAAUCCUGUGACCUUCUUGGUUCACCUUUUGAAGCUGAAGAUUGAAACUCCAGAUCCUGCUGCAGAGUAGUUUGCAUUUGUUUUUCCUAGGCAGGGCCAGCCCAUCCACCCCUCCUUCCUAGGGUUCCCCUGAUUCUUUAUACGUGUUACCUGUCUUUAUCACCCUGUCACAUUGUCUUGCCAUUUGCUGUUUGCUUCCCUGUCUCCAAGUUCCUUAAGGGUAAAGACAACAUCUUCUCCAGCUUUGUAUCCCCAGCCCCUGCCCAGUGCUCAUUUUUAACCAGGCAUUUCAAGAUCUUUAAACAUCACUAUACAUAUUGAUCUUUUUAAAAAGAUGAUGGGAACUGUGUUCAAGAGAGUGGAUUGUAGCGCUAGAAGACAGGCGUGUUUAUAUAAGAGGAUUAGAUACAUAUCAUGAGCCAGGGCAGUUCUCCUUCCUUGUGAAUGAAAGGGCUGGGUGUUUGAUUAUUUGCUGGGGCAUCCAGGGUUUAGAAUAAGGUAUAAUGAGGACUUUCUCAAGGUGGAGUUGCCUUAACAGGUGUGAGGAGCCAGGAAGCUUUGGCACCCUCAGGGCCUGGCAGUGCUUCUGAGGCAUCCUGAGCACUUCGGUGCUGCCUUCUCAGACAAACUGUGUCCUCCUUCAUGGGAGCAAGAUGGAAGGGGCACUCCAGAGGAUGGCAAAGAGAGUCCUAGUGUGCCACUCUGGGAAGGGAGAUGCUGGCCUGCUGGCAUGGAAAGGUAGGAGGGAGACACCAAACUUCCAGAAAGUUCUCUAGGGUGAGCUACCAUCAGCUGCUACUCCCCAGUCCCAUGAUGGGCUGAAAGUGAUUUGUGUAUCAAGAUGACUCUGCAGUCUAAUGCUCCUUCUGUAACAUUCUGAUCAGAGCCUAUUUUUGCUUUUAAUGGAGAUCAUUUCUGUAAGACAGAUUCUGUGCUAGCUGCUGCUGGGCUGUCUGAGAAAGGAAGAUAACUCACAUCCCAGUUGAAGUUGAAAGUGUGCCCAGAUGACUUAAACCUAAGUGCCUGGCAUCUCCAGGUGACAUGAAGUGAGACACAGGUUCCUGUGCUGACCAGGAGAUCGAUAAGAAACUUCCAGAGCAGAGCCCCGUCCAGCACCCCUUCUUCCGCUCAGAGAUAUGAACUUUUCAAGUUAGUGGCCUUGACAGAUGGAACAGGAUUUGGCUCCUCUGGGACCCUGGCUUUUGGGUAAUUAUUCUCAUAAUUAGGCAGCACUUGGAUUCUCCUCUUUCUAUUCAUGGGACACACUGCACGUCCUUGCCUUGCCCUCAUGUCACACUCCACGUCACUCAAAUGUGAGCCAAACAGCUACAUAAGAUACGUGGAAUCCUUUGACGUUAGUAAAACCUGCAUUAGGGAAAGGGAACCCUUGCAGCUGGUCCUUAGAUUCCAACCAUGACUGCUUCUUGGGACAGGCCCAGUUUAUUUCAGUUUUCAUUGUUCAGUGAGCUGAGGCUCUGCUGCUAAGGCCAGAAUCUUCUGUUCUAUUUGCUGUCUGUCCUAAACUCUGCUGCCAGACUGAGUUUCCCCAAAUGCUGCUUUCACCUUGCCACUCAAGAGCCUGCAGUCUUAUGAAGCAAAUAUGACUGGACCAAUAAGAUUUCCAAAAAUAUUUUGAAGAUAAGAUAUAAUAAGACUGCUGCCUUUUUAUUUUACCAAGCAAGGACAUUUUCUUUAAAAAGCCAGUUUUCAUCUACUGUCUUCAUUAUUUUAUAAAUGUAAACAUCUUAGCACCGAGACAAAGACAAGACAUAGUUUCACAAUACAGGGCAGUCUUUGACAUUGACUUGGUUGAGCUUGGUGGAAACCUAUUUAAUCAUCUCAUCUUUUUCUCAUUUUGUUUGAUCUCAGACCAGCCGGUGAGAACGACUGGCUUCCUACAUCAGAUCUUAGUGCCCCUGCCUUUGGGUUCUCUGUCAGGUAGCCUGGUGUGGGUGUACCCCACUUCCAACUAACCCCUAUCCUUCCUCUUCCCUCUUGCCUUGCCUCUUUAGAGUCUGGGCCUCCAUUUGCUCCCCACAACCCUACACACCUCACUCCCUCCAGAAGCUUGCUCCAAAUAGCCUUCCUCUUCCUCCAGCUAUCUCUUCCCUAGGUGCCUGGUGCAGAAUACCACUGGCUUUCAUUCAUUUUGUUUUGCAGUUUUCUUUCUUUAUUCCUUUUUCUCUUCCUCCCUGCCUGUGUUCUUGACUAUAACUGUUGAGAAGGCAGAUGUCUUACUGUUGCUUCUUUCAUAUUUGUAAAUCUAGCAUAGUGCUAGGGACAGAAGAGAUAUGCAGUCCUUUAGUGUGGCAUCACUAGGCUAGUUCAGAGCUGUUCACAGUGAUCCAGAUGUCACCUCUGAGGUCCAUGGGUGCCCAGGACACUGUUCCCAUUAUAUUAUCUACAAUGUGAAAAUGUAGUACUGCUGUUCCUCAAGAAACGCCCGCAUUUAUUAAAGAGUAAUAAUAUUGUAGCAUGGUUUGUUUUGCUUUAUAAUACUUCUUGAUUCAUAUAUAUAUAUUUUAAGAGACAGGGUCUCACCAUGUUGACCAGGAUGGUCUCAAUCUCUUGACCUCGUGAUCUGCCCACCUCAGCCUCCCAAAGUUCUGGGAUUACAGGCGUGAGCCACCACACCCAGCCUCUUGACUCCCUUUUUAAGUGACAUGGCAGACAUUUUUAAGCUAAAGACAAUUUAAGAGCUUUAAAAUUCUUUUAUAACUUUAAAAUAUUCCUUUUGAUUUAUCUUUUUAAUUGCCCACAUAGUUUUUUAGUAUCUACCAGGUACAAAGUACUCUGUUAGGUACUGGGGAACAAAGACAAGGUUAGAACAUGGUCGCAGCCCUCGGAGUAGCUUACUGUCUCCUGGAGGAUGUGGAGGCAGAUGGGACGGGGUGCAGAAGAAGAGCCUGGACAGCAAGCUGCACCUGUGCCAGGCGUGGACAUGGCUGCUUUCAUGUUCUAUAGUAACCAGCUGUGCUUUGAACGGGCCACUUUCCAAAGUUGGUUAGAAAUGUGGGAACUCUGUUUAAAAGUUUUCUUGGGCAGGGCGCGGUGGCUCACGCCU